AUGCCUCAUGUCCGCUUGGCUGCACAUGAAGCACAGGAUCCCGUCUUUUUCACAAGCAUUGUGGGCGUGGUGCUGUAUGCGCUGGUGAUACCGAUUGAAAUGAUUCGUCUGUAUCUGGGCUAUCGGGGCAACCUUUCGGAGAGCGUGAUCGCACUCACGAGCUUUCUCAUCGCCUCGGCCGUGUUUGAGUUUCCCCUCCUCAUUUUUAUCCUUCUUCGCAACGAGGUGGUCCCCUUUGAGAUGGCCUCGGAUGUGGUUUUGCUCAUCUUUGUAGCCGGCAUACAUGAGUCUGGACAUUCUGCCAAUCUAUCUAAAAGCUCCCAAAAAACGAUCAAGACCAGACCGGUCGCCAACCAGCUCGACGCGUGGUCGCAGCGGCAGCGGCAUCAGCAUCAGCAUCAGCCAGCUGGUCGUGCCUUGACACGGACACGGUUCAUCUCCCUGCACCUGGCUGCUCCUGGUACGUCGGGAUGCUCGAGUCUUUGGGUCAAAUUCAUAAGGUCACACUACAACGAGACCAAGUGA